UGCUGGUGUGUGUGUCGGGUUCCAGAUCGCGAAUUUCAUGUACAUUCGACUUACUUAGGCGAUCCACGUCCAAUGUUUAGUUUCAUUCAAAAUAUAUUUAAAUGUUUAAUGUCACGAUGAAGGUGUUGAAACAUAAUCUGUGGUUGAGCCUCUUGCUCCUGACGUUGAGCUACUGUUCUUCGUUAAAAAUGGCUGACAUUCGCAGAAAAAUUGAAUUGACGUCAGCCCAUGGAUUAAGAUCUGAUGGGGAGAGCUGUGAUAGGCCUUGCAAUGGUUCGACCAGAACCUGCCACUUUUCUUUUCACGUCACGGAGGAGGUCAGCAUGAGUAUUUUGUGCGGCGAUUGUCCGUUCGAGCAGAAGGAUUGCUACGCACGAGGGUGCGUAACUGCUGGAGGCUACGUGCGUCGAAUUGUAACCAUCAACAGUCAAGUUCCCGGUCCACCGAUCCACGUAUGUGAAGGUGACACAAUAAAAGUUGAUGUCUACAAUCAUAUGGCGUCUGAAUCCACGACCAUUCACUGGCAUGGAUUGAGGCAGUUGGGAAGUCCGUACAUGGAUGGUGUGCCUUUCGUCACUCAAUGCCCCAUACUCCCGAACAACCAUUUCACCUACUCGUUUUUAGCGGAGCCGGCAGGCACGCAUAUGUACCACGGGCAUACAGGAUUUCAGGAGGCAGAUGGUCUUUUCGGUGCUUUCAUAAUUCGCCGAAAAGAACCGACGGAGAUCCAAAAACUGUACGACUUUGAUCUUCCGGAACACACGGUUAUUUUAUGGCACUGGUAUUCGCAGUCGACGAGUCAAAAAUUGCCAAUAAUACUUUUCCGAAAUGGAACGGUCAACGGCUUGAACCUCAUAAUUAACGGCAAAGCAUCAGGCGUUGAAUACACGCGUGGUAAUGAGACAGCGGUGACUCCACCGGAGAUCUUCUUCGUGCAAAAAGGGAACAGAUACAGAUUUCGGAUAAUUGUCAACGCUGCCAUAUACUGCCCUCUUCAACUAUCGAUAGAAUCCCAUACGUUUUCCGUAUUUGCAAGUGAAUCGGGUACUUUCGACCCCAUCGAAGUUGAAUCAAUGAUGAUAAACGCUGGAGAGAGGUAUGACAUCAUUCUGCAGGCGGACCAAGAACCAGAUUGUUACAUCCUAGGAGUAAGGGGGAUCGGUGACUGUUAUAAAACGCAAGUGCGGCAAACUGCACUCGUCUGCUAUAACACCGUCCAAAUAGGUCCACGAAUUUUCCAGAAAAAUAGGAAUUUCCCGUACGCAUCUCAGCCAGGCCGUUUGUUCAACGCUGCGGAAGAGAUAUCUGCUCACUGGGAGAAUAAUACAAUCAUCCCCUUGCACUCAGCUAACAGCACUUCACACGGAUAUUAUGAAAAUCCCUACCACGGUGAACCCGAUCACGUAUUCUAUUUAAAAACAAUGGUUAAACUUUAUCCGGAGCUACCGAUACCUGGCCCGUUUCCUCAAAUAAACGACAUCGGAUUUGAGUUUCCUACAUCGAAUCUCCUGAGGAAAAGUUCUGAUAAGUUCUUUUGCAACUAUUCUCGCAUAGAUUCUCAGUACUGUAUUGGCCAAUUCUGCGCAUGCACACAUGUUUUGAAAGUCAAAAGAAAUUCGCUGGUGGAAAUGGUUUUCUUUGACACAAGUGGUGCUGAUAGGAAUCAAGACCACCCGUUCCAUAUCCAUGGGCAUUCUGUUCGGGUGGUAGCAAGCAUGACCGUAGGGCCUCAUUUAGAUGAGGCUACUGUGAGGCAGAUGAACACCAAUGGGACCCUAAAAAAGGACCUCCAUCGCGCUCCUCUCAAAGAUACCUUUUCUGUACCCAACAAAGGCAUCGUCGUUGUGCGACUCAUCGCAGAUAACCCAGGAUACUGGAUAGUUCACUGCCAUGUUUCGAAUCACAUGGAACUGGGUAUGGCUUUCGUGUUGCAAGUCGGCGAGGAGCGCGACAUGACACCACUUCCCAGGAGUUUCCCGAUUUGCGGAGACUGGCCGAACGCCCAGGAAAAUGGAGCCCCAAAUUUCACUCCUCCGAUACUCGGCCUUCUGUUUUUUGUUCUCAUGGUGGGAUCCGGUGCUCUGAAUUGAUGAGUUCUUAGCAGAAAAUGCAAAGCUACUACCUGACUGAACGCCAAGUUUUCGGGCAGUGCAAGCUGUGCAAUCUCCAUAUGAACUUUGAGCGCUGCUAAGGGCAUCGCAAUAUCGUAUGCAUGUAUGAAAGCUGGAACGCCUUCAGUUUUUCUGAAUGCAACACGCAUGGCAAUUGAGCAGGAAUAAUAUUAAAUCUGAAAGGCACUACUAUCACAUGAGGUUGAUAGAUAAUAUAAUAAAAUCGACGGAAUUAAUUUCAUUAAAGUAGAUACAAUUUGAGACCCCAUUCACUCAAGUUUUCCACAAAUUAGGAUCUUUAGAAUCAAAUUAGAACCAUUAAGAAGUCUUCAUCCAGUGCAAAAAAUGAUGAAAUUUCAUCUUUUUUUUUUUGGAUGACAAUACUUUCUCUACCCGCAAGAGGAGUGAGAAAAUAAAAAAUCUCUAUGAGAAGGGAGGGAGAGGGUUCUUAUGAGCCCCUGACAAGACUAAAGCACUAGAUUCUCGAUAAGUACUCAAGUGCCACUGAUCGAAAUCGAGUAAACUGUUGAGGAUGUCACUACACUUAAGUCCAUCAUUCCUAAUUUGAUGUUUCAUAUUACAUUAAGAUCAACUAAUAUUCUUUUUCACUGCCAAUUUGUUUCCAGAUAAUUUUCAAUACAAUUUUAUUUCAUGAAUGUGAUACCUAGUAUUUAGUGAUUAGUAUGAGUAAGUAAACUUCCUCAUCUUCAUUACUUAAUUAAAGUUUCCACUUUCCAGAUGAAUGAAUAGAGCCAAUUAUUGAUAUGUUAGACAUUUAAUUUUUCUACUUCAUAAGUAAAUGUACACUAAAUGUAGAUAAUAAAAUAAAAGCAAAUUUUGUGAAAAGGAAAAUGGUGUAUACCUGUUUGAUUUAUGAAAUAAAAAAAUAAACCUUAUUGCAGCAGUGAUAACAUAUUUCUGUUGUUUCAGGUGAUAAAAAUCAA